AUGCUGCCGAACGUCCCGUACGUCCUGGUGCGAGAGAACCCGGCCGAGUACCGGACGUGGUACGUGACGAGGCCGCGGAGCGUCGUCGACCGGCGGGCCACGCGCGUGAGCGGCCGGGUGCAUCAGGACGCACUGCCGUCGAUCCUGGGGAGGUCCUGGUACCUAAAGAGCAUCCGCCCGAGCCCGAGGGAGGGGGUGCCUCCCUUCGUCGUGAAGAAAGUGUCAUCCCUCGCCUGGAGGGAAACGGCCGACCUGGUCGACGUGGUCCUCGCCGAUCGGCCUUCCUCCGACGGCCCUCCCUUCCUGGCGUCCCGCGUCCCGACCUGCGUGCCGUGGUCGAGAAUCCCCACGGUUUCGUUGUGGGUCGAGGACCAGCGAUUCAACGGGCACUUCCCCGCGUCCCGCACCCAAUUCCCCGUCAAAUCCUUUCUCGACCCACCGCCGAGUUACGAGGACGUCAUGAAAUCUUCCUUGUCGCCGUGUUGA